UUUGGAGAGGAAAUGGGGAGAGGGGGAAGUUGAAGAAGGUAGCAUUGAGGCUUCAGUGUGGAAUUACGAUUCUGAUGAGAAUGUUGAGAGUGGUAGUAAGGCUGUGGUGGUGGAGGAGAGUGGGAAUCAUAGCGGCGGAGGGAAUGGGAAUUUGAGCUUGAGUGGCGGUGUCAAUGGUGGAGAUCAGAAAGGGAAGAAGAAAGGGAUGCCGGCGAAGAAUCUCAUGGCGGAGAGGCGGCGCAGGAAGAAGCUUAAUGAUAGGUUGUACAUGCUUAGGUCUGUUGUGCCAAAGAUUAGCAAGAUGGAUAGGGCUUCGAUACUUGGGGAUGCAAUCGACUACUUGAGGGAGUUACUGCAGCGGAUUAAUGAUCUUCACAAUGAACUGGAGUCAACUCCUCCUGGCUCUUCGCUGCAAUCUUCCACCACCAGCCUUCAACCUUUGACACCCACGCCGCAAACCCUUCCGUGCCGGGUGAAGGAGGAACUGUAUCCUGGUGUCUUGCCAAGCCCCAAAAACCAACCUGCAAAGGUGGAAGUUAGGGUGAGGGAGGGGAGAGCUGUCAACAUUCAUAUGUUUUGUACUCGCCGACCAGGUCUUCUGCUUUCAACCAUGCGGGCUCUGGAUAACCUCGGCUUCAAUGGCUUUGCUUUAGACGUCUUCAGAGCCGAGCAAUGCAGAGAAGGGCAGGAUGUUCUUCCUGAGGAAAUCAAAGCAGUGCUGCUGGAUUCAGCAGGGAUCCAUGACAUGAUGUGAUUCAAGCUCUUCAUUGAUAAAUGGCUAACUGUUUGUUGCAACUUGCAAGCAGUAUCCAAAUGCAUUACCUCUUAACAAUUACUGCCUGUAAAGGCAUAACCAUGAAGAUCAAAUAGGUUAGCUUAAUCCGUAGGUUUGAGAAGUUGUCUUGUGGUGUUUUCUCAUGAUUUUGAGCAAAGCAAAUGAACUUCAGAUUUUUAUUUUUAAGUGAUGGAAUAUUAUUUGUUUUACUCUGACCUCCUAUUUUAGUCAUGGAAUAAUUUCUAUUUUAUUUUAUUUUAUCA